UCUCCCUUUCCAAGCACCAACCUGAACCGCAAAAUGAAGUUUGUACAGGUCGUCCUCAUAUGCUUUUUCGCUCUGAUCGGGCUGUCUUUGGCGGCUGAGACAUCGGAAGAUAAAAAAGAAGAAGCGGUGGACGAGGAAACACUGGAAUAUGCAAAAGGAUCGGUUUGCGGCUAUUGCGCCUACUGUAAGUUUUGCAAACUAUGUGAUGCCGACUGUCCCUGUGAAACAAGUGCUUCCAAACCCAACUGUAAAAUGUGCAAGUACUGCAAGUUCUGUUACCUCUGCACUGCCAUGUGUGAUACAGUCUGUAAGCCAGGUGGUGUAAUAGAUACAGUUUCUGCUGCUAUUGUGAAUGCUCUACCAUCGGUCAACAAGGACGAAGUGCAGGAGGACUUGGACUCGGUCAAGCCCUGGAUUGACCGUAAAGAUGAACUUUAAUGGCUGCCUUCCCUAGGCAUAAUGUGAUCAAAAGCAUUUUGUUUCAUCUACCACACAAUUCUUUGUCAAUAGUUUGUCAAAAAGAUUUUAAAAGCAUGCACAAAGAUAACACAAUUUUCAUUUUUAAAAAGCCACCAUGAGCUAGUGUAAUACUCUUUAAAGCAGCACCGACCUCCCAACCAACUGAUUAUGCUUUGUUUUAUAUGCAUGAUAAACUUCGAUUUACUUUAGUUCUGAUCCAUUUUGCAUAACACAGACACCAGGUUAAUAGACAUAAUUAUGUACAAAUGAACUGUAUUUUAUGAAAUCAUGAAUUGUAGACAAAUGAACAAAAGCUUUCAGACAUUCCUUUGAUUUUACUGAAAUAUGUGCGCUCAAAAUUUGUGUUGUUACAAAAUAUUUGUUCACUCAAAGGUUGAAGCAUUUCAUAAAUUAUUUUUAGCGAUAAUAAUUAUGUUAUUGUCAUGUUUUUGAGAGAUUAAUAAUCAUACACUACUGUAAAACUUAUGUUUACAUAAGUUUGUAUUCUUUUUUACUUUAUAUACAUAUAUAUACAGAUAAGUAUGCGUGUUUGCACAAUAACUCUUCAGCUUGAAUAAUUUACAUUGAAUUGCACUUGUAGUUUUUAGAUGUACAAUAUGAAAAAUGAGGCAAGUGUGAAUGGAAAUAACAUUUCAGAUUUAAGAAGUACAUGUAUCAAGGAUUCUUCAAAUUUGAUUGUACAAGCAUAGCCUCUUAAUGUAUGACUUAUAUGUCAUGGUUAACUGAUAGUCAAAUGAACCUUGUGUAAAAAACAGCAAGUCUUUUUCUUGGGUCGGGAUGGAGACA